AUGGUUGCUACCCAAAUGUCUAUAGAAGAAGCAACUCAACCAAGGAUGGGUCUUGAUAAUCAGACAAUUAUUGUCACCGGUGUUGUUCUGUUGAUCUCGUCCCUAGCGGCUGUACUCUUUUUCAAAAACAAAAAGUCCUUUUUUUCAGGUAACUGGCAGCAGAACCCAAUAACAUUGGUUGAUGAAGAGACCAAGUAUGCUUUGCCGCUAGCUGAAAAAACUGAGGUCAGUCACGACACUCGAAGAUUCCGCUUCCUCCUUCCGUCACAACACCACGUCCUUGGUCUUCCUAUAGGUCAGCACAUCUUCUUGAGUGCGAAGAUCGAUGGAAAGCUCGUAGUGCGUCCGUACACACCUGUAUCUAGCGACGAUGACUUGGGCUACGUUGAUCUUAUGAUUAAGUUUAGCUUAGAACUCUACUUUAAGCUCUAUAUAAGAGUGUACUUCGCCGGAAACCAUCCGAAAUUCCCAGAUGGCGGUAAGAUGAGUCAACAUCUGGAGCAUAUGAAAAUUGGCGAAACUAUUGACUUCCGCGGACCGUCAGGCCUGAUAAUAUACAAGGGCAAUGGAAAGUUUGCGAUAAGACCAGAUAAAAAAUCACCUCCCAAAGAGCGAAUAUUCAAAAGCUUAUCAAUGAUUGCUGGAGGAACUGGCAUCACGCCCAUGUUACAGGCGAGUUCAAUGACUAAUAUUUACAUUCUUUCGCUUCCUAAUAUUUAA